AUGUUGAAAAGAGAUUAUUAUGCAUCACUAGUAGCAUUAUUCGAUGCUACUAGUGAUGGUGAGAAAAACAACUGCGAUGUUGCAAAGGCCAUAACACAAGAAUAUUUAAUGGUCAAUAAACAUGGAACGUUGAAUGUACGCACUGCCGAGUCUGGAGUCCGUGUUACUAGCCUGGACGUUCCAUACCACGUGGCCAGAGGCGAUAACGUGAGUCUAACGUGUUUGUGGGAUCUGAACUCCUAUGACCUGUACUCCGUCAAGUGGUACAGAGAUGAUAGGGAGUUUUAUCGGUUCAUCCCUUCAGAAAAGACAAAGGGGACGCUAAAUCUUCCUGGAAUCAAUGUGGAUGAGCAGAAAUCAGACGGCAAUGUAGUGGUCCUGUUGAACGUCGGUCUGAACACCGGUGGCCACUAUAAAUGCGAAGUUAUUUCUUUUCCUGAAUUCCACACAGCUGACAAGAGCAAAGAGAUGUUAGUCGUUGAGGUGCCACAGGAGAAGCCGACAAUCAACGGCACUCGCCAUGAAUACCGGAUUGGCGACACUGCUCGGCUCACCUGCGUGUCUGCCAAAUCUCGCCCGCCCGCAGAGCUCACCUGGUACAUCAAUAACGAUAAGGCCCCCAAAGAAUAUCUGAUUACCUUACCCAGUCUCAAGCACCACAUGGGCCUCGAACAGACCCGCCUCGGCCUGGAGUUCGAGGUAACCAGGAAGCAUUUCGUCAAGGGUGAGAUGACGCUCCGAUGCACAGCCAAGAUCUCCUCCCUGUACUACAAGACGCAACAACAUAGUUUCGACGGACAGCUGACUUACUACGUGCCUGUGAUGGAGUCCAGGGAUAUAUCAGCUGUUUCAGGCGGUGCUGGACCUACACAACACCCCCUGACGCUGGCACUGCUGGCACUGGUGAUGACAGUGUCACUGGCACAGAUGACGGUGAUGGAUUCCCUGGAUGGUAUCUUCAGGUGACUUCCCUACAAGGCUACGCUACGAUACGCUGUCCCUCUCCUCCACUCCUUCCUCUCCUUAUUCCUUCUUUAUCCUUCCUGUUCUCAUUCCACGCUUCCUUCCCCUUCGUAAACAUGGACUGAGAGAGACACUGCAGGUGAAGAAAAAAUGGACUUACAUGGAGCCAGUUGAUCUGAAGGACUGAAAAAAGGGUUUCGUUUUACGGAGCCAGUUCGUCUGAAGGAUCGAAAAAGGGACUCGUUUUAAGGAGCCAGUUUAUCGGAAAAGAUCUAUCCUAAAAUGCAUUAUCCCUCUUCUCCUUCUCAUGUGAAUUAUCCUCAAGCGUAGGGGAUGAGGCCCCGCCAGGAAGCAAGAAACUCGUCAUCAUCUUCGUCACUUCUAAGACCGGAUAAUAUUUUCUGUGACUGUAGAGGACGUCCUUAACAUUUUCCUUUAUUCACUUCUUUGUAUCUACAAAUCGGUCGAAUGGUAUGCAUGAAUCAAGAAUUGAUUGGGUGGCUUCGGGGAAAAAGGAGAUAAAAAGAGGCAUUGGUUGUCAAUUAUUUACUUACAGGAGUGUGGUCUCUCCUACUAUUUCUGCUUCUGUUCUCUACUUUAUUUUUGUCUUUUUUCAUUUCUUCUCUCUUCAUUGUCUUCUCUC